GUACGUACAGAGAGCCACCGACCGUUCAGUACGGGGUGGCCUCCGCGACAGUCAGGGACAGUUCCUUUUGCCACCACCGAUUAAAGGACAACGACAAGGAAACAAUUCAUCUUAACACGCCAUCCUUUCUUAUUCUUAAUAUCUUUAUUUAUUUCUUUCAUCUACUUCUUAUUCUAUAUUUAAUUGAACAUCUGAAAGUUACAUUGAAAUUUCUAACAAGAAAGAGAGGAAAGGGAAGAAGGAAUUUUGUUGACCGUCAGUAUCGUGUUAAAGUGUUUGAUCAAACAUGACGAUAAAACAGUGUUGAGAUACUUGGUAACAGGGUUACUGAUUGUGGUGAUCGUGAACGUAGAACUUUCCUCAGCAGUACUGGAGAGAGUGCCGUUGUACCGAUCGAUCGUGAUCGGUGGCGGUACCAAACGGAAGUCUCCGAAGGGCGAAGAGACAUUAGCGCAGAGAAGUAGAGGAGGACUUGGUGAAUCGAGGAAAAAUCGAUGGCCAUCAGCGCCCAUGGGCGGCCUCGCGUUUAGGACAAGGAACAGCCCCUCCCAGAAGACCUCGCUCCGGUGGGGUGAUUGCUGCCCCCCAAACCCCAAUCCGCCGUCGUCGUCGGCCCUUUGGAAGAACCGCCAACGGGACAUGCCGCCGGUGCCCGUUUGAGGCUGUCCCCCGUUGCUGCGUGAUUGUACUCCUAGGGGUCUUCAGAGGUAUCCAAACGUUCCGAAAUCGGACCGGUCAGGAAGUCUGUGGGACCUCCGUUUUCGUCAACUCGAACAUACGCCGUUGGAGCCGUACACCCCAAAGAUGAUCAACAUCGCUGGCCUGAUCUCGAUUAUAUUGUUUUACGCGUUGAUAUUAGGCGUUGGAAUAUGGGCAGCAAGGAAAAAGGAGUCUGGCAACGACUCCGAGGAAGAGGUCAUGUUAGCUGGCCGUUCGAUCGGCUUAUUCGUUGGGAUCUUUACAAUGACAGCAACAUGGGUAGGUGGAGGUUACAUCAACGGGACAGCAGAGGCCAUUUACACGAAAGGCCUGGUCUGGUGUCAAGCACCAUUCGGAUACGCUCUGAGUCUUAUUUUUGGUGGGAUAUUCUUUGCGAACAAGAUGCGACAACAGGGGUACAUCACUAUGCUGGAUCCGCUGCAAGAUGCAUUUGGGGAACGAAUGGGUGGUCUUUUAUUUCUUCCUGCUCUAUGUGGCGAAGUAUUUUGGGCAGCAGGUAUUCUAGCUGCUUUGGGUGCCACAUUAGCAGUAAUCAUUGACAUGGAUCAGGGUGCAUCAGUCAUUCUAAGCGCCUGCAUCGCAGUUUUUUACACGCUCUUCGGCGGCCUCUAUUCUGUCGCCUACACCGACGUCAUCCAACUUUUCUGCAUUUUCAUCGGACUGUGGAUGUGCAUUCCAUUUGCCUGGUCCAACCCAAAGGUAGAGUCACUUAGUUCCAUAGAAGUUGACUGGAUCGGCGAGGUCAAAAGCGACGAGUAUUUUUAUUACAUAGAUUAUGGGUUACUUCUGAUAUUUGGUGGCAUACCUUGGCAAGUCUAUUUCCAGAGAGUACUUUCAUCUAAAACAGCUGGAAGAGCACAAGUUUUGAGUUACGUUGCUGCUUUCGGAUGCAUACUCAUGGCUAUACCACCUGUUCUCAUUGGAGCGAUAGCUAAGGCAACACCUUGGAACGAGACAGAUUAUCACGGGCCAUAUCCAUUAACGGAAUCGGAAACAAGUAUGAUAUUACCGAUGGUGUUGCAAUAUCUAACACCAGAUUUUGUUUCCUUUUUUGGAUUGGGUGCAGUAUCGGCAGCUGUUAUGUCUUCGGCAGACAGUAGUAUAUUAUCAGCCAGUUCGAUGUUCGCUAGAAAUGUUUACAAGUUGAUCUUCCGACAGCGGGCAUCGGAGAUGGAAAUAAUUUGGGUGAUGAGAGCAGGAAUCGGAGUAGUUGGUGUGUUGAGUACGGUGAUGGCCUUGACGAUACCUUCGAUCUACGGAUUAUGGUCGAUGUGUUCCGACUUGGUUUAUGUUAUUCUCUUCCCGCAACUUUUAAUGGUCGUCCAUUUCAAGGAAUAUUGCAAUACUUAUGGCAGCUUAUCCGCUUAUACAAUAGCAUUUUUGGUGAGGGUCAGUGGAGGUGAACCAUUGAUGGGUUUACCAGCAUUGAUCCAUUAUCCUUGGUACGACGAAGAAACGCAAACGCAAAUGUUCCCGUUUAGAACUAUGGCGAUGUUAAUAUCAUUGGUGACAUUGAUCCUUGUAUCGUACGGUACGCAGGUUGCUUUUGAAUCUGGUAGACUGGCUCCUGGAUACGACGUCUUUAGAUGUGUGGUAAACAUACCGGAAGACGUUGAACGGGUUGGACCAGAUCCAGCGGAAGGUGAACAAAUGGCGGUCCUUGCUGCAGGAGCUGGAAGGCUUUACGGUAGCAAGGACGAAUCACACGGACGAGUGAAUCCAGCGCUCGAGCCGGACUACGACAUGGAGCCGGGUUACAAGGCUGUUGUGCCACCUGAGGGGGUUCUCGAUGGGGGCGGGGGAGGGGGACAAUUAGGUCUUCAUGGACCAAAUGUUCCUCGCCAACCACAAUCCAGCACCGCGUUCUAAUUCCUGGUUCCGUGAUCGGAUGCUGUGACCAACAAUAACUGCGGCGGUUCGGGUACGUCUUUCUAAUUUCCUUUCUCAUAUUUAACCUAUUUCUAUCCUUCAAAUAAUGAUUUUCAUUUGUUUCUUUUCCUUACUUUCUUUCGUUUUUGCUUCUUCUCGUUAAUCUUAGAGGAUCCUUGAAAAUUCUAUCACUAAUCGGUACAACGAAUAUUUCCUAAACAAAAUAUUUCGUUCUUAAAAUUCAUUUUCCUUCGAGACAUCUGAACGUGUACUUAAAACUUAACGUAACGUAACGUAACGUAAUUGAAUCGUUCGAUAAAUUUCUUGUUGAUAAUCUAAAUUAUCAGGAAUUUUGUCGGCCGAUCCAACAAAUAUAAAUGUGUUGCACGCUUACAAUUAAUCCUUGUUAAAACGUUAUUACUUUUAUGAUGAUCAAAUGCAUGACAUAAUACUACUAGUGCUAACCGUCCAGGUGAAAGAAACAUUGUAUUUGCUAAAUAUAAUAGAGAACAAAAUUCAAAUUAAAAUGAUAUAAAAAGAGGAUAAUUUUUAGGCAAUAAAAAUCUCAGAUCGGGCGAUGUCUUUCAUCUAUUCUCUUUCUCUCUUUCUCUCUCACUCACUGUUUCUCUAUCACUUUAUCUAUUUCUUCCUUUCAUUAUGCGUGUUAUCUAUGAUUCGGAUAAACCAAAAAGAAUAUGAACAAUCACAUUUUCGGCAAAUGUUUUUUAUUCUUUUAUUUUUAAAUCGUUUGAAAUUCAAGGACACCGAUCAAUUUCAACAACAAAAGGAAUAUAACAUAUUAUAUCUUAUCUUUAUCUUUGUCCUAAGAAUAUAUAGAUCCAAAUGAUCGAUCCCACGGUUAUGUUAGAUUCGUGUCACGUUGGUAAAUACGGCGUAUAAAUAAUACAUAAGAUGAAUUCGUUCGAAAUAAAUGAAUUCUCGGUCAAUGUUCUCUUUCCUAAAUAAGAAAACGAUUUAUAAUAAGAAACAAAGAUAAAGAUAAAGAUAAAUUAGAUUAAAGUAAUCGGAGUUCCUUGAACAAAUGACGAUUUUUCAAUUGAUUUAAUAAUUUGUUUGAUUUUUUCGUACCCGUACCGCCUAUUAGGCCUAGUAAUUUCCUUGUUUUUAUUUAAAAAAAAUAAAAAAUGAAUAAAUAAAAAAUUA